AUGACAGCAGUUGGCAGCCGCCGAAGGUUGGCUUUAAAUCUUCCAUCUUCAGGAAUUUCAACAAUGACCAAUACAAUUGUGUCAAAUAUGGUGGAAAACGUUCAAGAUUUGGAUGGACCUCUUUUGGAAUCAAAAUCAAAUUCACCAUCAAUAGGUAAACCUAAAUCACACAGGAAUCCUCCGCGUGGCCAACAGUUCGAUUUCGAUCAUGAAUGGAACAAAAUCAGUGUUAGCUUUGGAUACAGCAGUUACAAUUCACCUAGGCGCUCCCGAAAUGGCAAGUCAAGAGGAACUCCGUCCAAGAGCCCCAGACAAUCGCCAUUAUAUUCAGUACUUUAUGAAGGGUUUGGUGAUUCUCCAGCUCCUGCAGAUCUCCCUAUGCCACCGUCCCGUUGGAUGACUUACAUCCAACAUAAGAGUGCUUGCAUCAAUCAUUCCUGCUCCAUUGAAGCAGCGAGGUUUGGAACCGAAUAUGAAACUGCUGCUCAAUGCCCAACCUUAAGUAUCAUCCAUGAAAUCUACCAUUUAGUAUUAACUUAUUACUUAAAUCAAUUAAUUAACACUUAG